AUGGCACCCAAUACUUUCUCACUGGAAAUCCUAACAUCCAAAGAGAAAAACAGACUGAGGAAGCCGAUUGUAGAGAAGCUGCGCCGGGACCGGAUUAACAGCAGCAUCGAGCAGCUGAAACUCCUGCUGGAGAAGGAGUUCCAGAGACACCAGCCCAACUCCAAGCUGGAGAAAGCCGACAUCCUGGAGAUGACUGUCAGCUACCUGAAAUACAGUCAAACUUUUGCAUCCUCUUCUACAAGCCUGCAGCAGGAUUACAGUGAAGGCUAUUCCUGGUGCCUCAAAGAGGCUCUGCAGUUCUUGUCUCUCCAUUCUGCGAACACGGAAACCCAGAUGAAACUGCUGUGCCACUUCCAGAGGCCUCAAGUUACAGCCAAGGACUCAAAUUCUCCAGCUUCAUCCUCUGCAGCCCACCAAAUGUCUGCAAAACAAGCAGCACUGAAACCCACCAGCAGCCUUUGGAGGCCCUGGUAG